GUGACGUCACCGGCCGCCAUUGCUUCAUAUUUGUAGCCAAGUUGCGUUACAUCCACCUUUCCUCUGUCAUUUGUUGACUGUUUAGUACUCCUGGUGGAAUCAAAGAAACUGUACAGAAGAAAAGCGGGCGAGGUUUUGAGAAAUAGUUGUGCCAAUGUGACUGCUUGACUGAAAGGGAACAGAACAACAGCGCAGCCAUGAGGACGGAGGUUUAUAUGCGAUAUUUCCGUACUUUCGUCACGCCGACACGUUUUUUGAUGACGAGUACUUUCAUGACUUGUCUUAUUGUCAUUGUGUUUGUUACAUCACCAAGACGACUGCCGUAUGCACCGGGUGCUGCCAGAUAUUCGUCUGCAAUGAACGUUGACACUAGGUCACUCACGAAUGACCAACCCGCGGCGCCCGACCCACCUGCAGCGGUCGUACCUGAUGCCGACCCUCCCGCUGAGGAAAAGCCCCCAGAAGCUGCCGGCGACGAAGCAGCAGCCCCGGCGGCCCCAGCGGCCCCAGCGGCUCCAGCGGCACCGGCAGCGCCUGCCGCCCCGGUGGCUGCUGGCGACGUUGACCCAGCUGCUGGUAUACCAUUUGACGUAACUAAGUACCACAGUCUUGAUAGAGCAGUGUACAAUCGUGUCGAUAAAUGCGGCAGUCGUAGUCUUCUCUACACCAUAGAUCAGCUGACAGUGAAACACGGCUACGAAAAAGUGACAAGUGCCGAGUACAACAAAAAGAAUUUGACGGUGGAAGAACAAAAAGAACUCGUUGACGAAAUCAACGGUCUCAAGCCUCCCUUCAUUUAUGAUAGGCAUGUUUACUUUACUCCGUUCCAGAGGUUCGGUUCCAAGAACCCUGUCUGGUUUAAUUUGAUCAGGGACCCACUUCGCCGGUUCAUCUCCCUCUAUUACUUCAAGCGUUUCGGCGAUCCUCACACCGCUGCGGGAGAAUUCAACAUGCCAGAGGAAAUCGUCAAUCGAUCAUUUGACGACUGCGUUCUUAACAACGUCUUUGAAUGCAGCACCAAAGCAAGUUUCCGCGUAGUGCCUUAUUUCUGUGGACACGGGGAAGGAUGCCGAAUGCCGAACAAAUGGGCAGUUGAGCAAGCUAAGAAAAACGUAGUCGAAAAUUACGCCUUGGUGGGAGUUCUGGAAGAGUUUAACACCACUUUAAAAGUUUUGGACAAGCUUGUACCGCAAUAUUUCGAGGGUGCCAUGGCAGCGUACGAGUCAGUACAAAGUACAGGUAUCGUUGAAAAGUUCAAGUCUUAUGCCGGUAAGCCACCCAGUGAAGAAGCCAUGGCCAAGAUGAAAGAACGACUAGGUUUAGAAUAUGACUUUUAUAAUUUUGUAGUUGCAAGACAGCAUGCUUUAAAGGACAUGCUUGGAAUAGAAUAAUAUCUUUUGAGCUUACUAACCAUGAAAAAAGAAAACAGUUUUGUAAUAUGAAUAUGAUGAUUAACUAUUCAAAACACAAAUCUUGUUCUGUUGGCACGCUGAAAUGAAAACUAACCAUUUCUUAGCAAUAUUCAUUCAUUCAUUCAUUCAUCCUUGCUGCCAUUCAUUCAUCCUUGCUGCCAUUCAUUCAUUCAUCCUUGCUGCCAUUCAUUCAUCCUUGCUGCCAUUCAUUCAUUCAUUCAUUCAUUCAUUCAUUCAUUCAUUCAUUCAUUCAUUCAUUCAUUCAUUCAUUCAUUCAUUCAUUCAUUCUUUCUUGCUGCCAUUCAUUCAUUUAUUCAUUUAUAUGUUAAUUUAUUUAUUCAUUCGUUUGUCAACAUUCCUCCACAAUUUCCUCCACCCAUUUCAACGCAUAGUCACUGACUUCACAGACUAUAAAACUAUUUGUUCGUGACGUCAGUUGCGAAUUUCUUCGCAUAUUUGCUUAAACCAAUCUCCGCCUUGUCUUGGAAGGCGUAACACGUGUCCCCGUUUUACAACUUACUAAAACAGUUCUUUGUUCACGGCGUUAGUAUAUUUUAGUUUACGCUCAGUGAUGUUUUUCACUAAAUGUAUAGACUCUUUUUUUAUCUGUUAAAUCUAAACUUGAAGACACUUUAUACUUAGUUGAGUAUUUAAAUACUAUAUUACCCCAAAUUUUGCUGGCAAUAUAUACAACUGCACGAACUCCCACUUGUUCUUACCCCACUCUGAUAGCAGCAUGUGUGGCGGUCUACAGAAACAAAUAUGAAUAUCUUUUUCAUAUAGUCCCGUUUCAAUCAACAGUUUGUGUAUUUUACGUUGAUUAAAUAAAAAAAAAACAUCAUUGUAGUGUUCACACGUCUUCAAAUUACCAGGGAAUUAUGAACAGUCUGGAGCUAUUUUAGCUGGUGUCAAUAAAACAGCAUAGCAUUUAAUAUUUACCAUCUCGAAUUUAUUUAACAAUUCUAUAAUAUUUCCACAUUUAAUACAACACAGAAAUGGGUUGCAUUCAUAUACAAACAUGUUAUAGUUUCUUUUUAUCUUUCUCUCCCAUCUGUUACCCGGUAAUCCGUGCAAUCCACAACUUCCUGUGCAGCUGUGGCACUGUUGCCUUUACAAGUACCAUCUAAAAUUGAUAAAUGUGGACGAAAAUUACAAUCGGGUAUUUAAAACUGAAAAAACCCGAAAUAUUUCGUUUGUAUAUUGAAGGAUGGGUAACAUUACAUGGUAAAUACUCACUAGUCAUAAUGGAUGUUUCACUGAUUUUGGUGCUAUGUGGUUUAUACGUUGUCAAUUAUUUUUUUUUACAAUUUGGAUAGAUUGUGAAAAAAAACCUAUUAGCUCGGACAAAACUUUGAUCAGAAAAUAUACAGAUUAAUAUUUUCGUGCGCAACUGAUUGUUGGGAGUCACGAUUAUAGCAUCCUCGUUCGUGGCCGAGAGCGCCACUAGCGGCACUGUGGUUGUGGCGUGAUUGCAAUAAUUUUGCUGUACAAAAUGUACAUAUCCGUUAAAAGGGUUUUGAAAAGUGGAAUAUUAACGAGGUGCCUCGAGGAAUGCUCGUGUCUAGGAAGUCAUAAACAAAAUGUAUUGACUAAUGCAUAUCAUUUAGAAAUAGCUUUAUGUGGUCGAGUGGUGGCGCUGUAUAUGUGCUGUGUACUUUUCGCAAUGGGCAUUUUAUUAUGAACUCCUGACCCGAUUGACAUUCCAAGUUUUAAUGAAAUGACGUCAGCGACUGUAUUCUGUAUUUUACACCUCAUACGAAAUAAAAUAUUAAUUAUACCGUAUGAAA